GUCCCUUACCUGCGAAGGGAGCGCUGAUCAUGGCUCCUUGGCCUGAGUUGGAAAAUGCCCAGCCCGACCCCAAUAAAUACAUUGAAGGGGCUGCAGACCAGCAGCCGGCCAAAGACAAAGAGACCGACAAAAAUGCCACCAGUGCUCCCAUAACCAAGAUUGAGCUCCUGCCAUCCUACUCCACUGUGGCACUGAUAGAGGAGCCCGCCGAGGUGGACGACCCCUGGGACCUGCCCGAGCUCCGGGACACGGGCAUCAAGUGGUCAGAGAGAGACACCAAAGGGAAGAUUAUCUGUGUGUUCCAAGGAAUCGGGAAGUUUAUUUUGCUCCUGGGUUUUCUCUACUUGUUCGUGUGCUCCCUGGACGUCCUCAGCAGUGCCUUCCAGCUGGUUGGAGGCAAGGUGGCCGGGCAGUUCUUCAGCAACAACUCCAUCAUGUCCAACCCCGUGGCCGGGCUGGUCAUCGGGGUGCUGGUGACCGUCAUGGUGCAGAGCUCCAGCACCUCGUCGUCCAUCAUCGUCAGCAUGGUGUCCUCCUCCCUGUUGACCGUGCGGGCUGCCAUCCCCAUCAUCAUGGGGGCCAACAUCGGGACCUCCAUCACCAACACCAUUGUGGCGCUCAUGCAGGCAGGAGAUCGGAGUGAGUUCCGAAGGGCUUUUGCGGGGGCUACUGUCCAUGACUUCUUCAACUGGCUGUCCGUGUUCGUGCUCUUGCCCCUGGAGGCCAUCACCCACUACCUGGAGAUCCUGACCAACCUGGUGCUGGACACCUUCCACUUCCAGAACGGAGAGGACGCCCCGGCGCUUCUCAAAGUCAUCACGGACCCCUUCACCAAGCUCAUCAUCCAGUUGGAUAAAAAAGUUAUCAAUCAAAUUGCAAUGAAUGAUGAGUCAGCCAAAAACAAGAGUCUGGUCAAGAUUUGGUGCAAAACUUUAACCAACGUGACUCAGAUGAACGUCACCGUCCCCUUGCCUGAGAACUGCACUUCCUCUUCCCUCUGUUGGACAGAUGGGGUCCACACCUGGACCCUGAAGAAUGUAACCCACGUGGAGAACAUCGCCAAGUGCCAGCACAUCUUUGUGAAUUUCAACCUCCCGGAUCUGGCCGUGGGCGUCAUCCUGCUGAUCGUCUCCCUGCUGGUUCUGUGCGGCUGUCUGAUCAUGAUCGUCAAGCUACUGGGCUCCGUGCUGAAGGGACAGGUGGCCGUCGUCAUCAAGAAGACCCUCAACACCGACUUCCCCUUCCCCUUUGCCUGGGUGACUGGCUACCUGGCCAUCCUCGUGGGGGCGGGCAUGACCUUCAUCGUGCAGAGCAGCUCCGUGUUCACAUCUGCCAUGACCCCACUGAUCGGUAUUGGCGUGAUAACCAUCGAGAGGGCCUAUCCACUCACGCUGGGCUCCAACAUCGGCACCACCACUACCGCCAUCCUGGCUGCCUUGGCCAGCCCCGGCAAUACAUUGAGGAGCUCGCUGCAGAUCGCUCUGUGCCACUUUUUCUUCAACAUCUCCGGCAUCUUGCUGUGGUACCCGAUUCCAUUCACCCGCCUGCCCAUCCGCCUGGCCAAGGGGCUGGGCAACAUCUCGGCCAAGUAUCGCUGGUUCGCCGUCUUCUACCUGAUCUUCUUCUUCUUCUUGAUCCCGUUGUCGGUGUUUGGGCUCUCGCUGGCCGGCUGGCCGGUGCUGGUGGGCGUAGCGGUGCCCAUCAUCCUCCUGCUGCUCCUGGUCUUGUGCCUCCGGCUGCUGCAGUCCCGCUGCCCGCGUGUCCUGCCCAGGAAGCUGCAGGACUGGAACUUCCUGCCCUCGUGGAUGCACUCGCUGAAGCCCUGGGACCACCUCAUCUCCCUGCUCACCAGCUGCUGCCAGAGGCGCUGCUGCUGCUGCUGCCGCGUGUGCUGUCGCGUGUGCUGCCUGCUGUGUGGCUGCAGGUGCUGCCGCUGCAGCAAGUGCUGUGAGGACCUGGAGGAGAGCCAGGAGGGCCAGGGCAUCCCCAUCAAGGCCCCCCAGGCCUUUGAAAACAAGGCCAUGAGCAGGGAGGCCCAGGAUGAGGUCAAACUCCCGAUCGAUGCCCUGGGCACCAAGAGCAUCUCCAACAGCACAGCGUUCUAGGGGACACAGCCCAGUGGCAGGAGAGGACCUCAAGUCUGAACGUGCUCUGCCUGCUCCGUCCCUCACGCCACCCCCCGCCCCGCACUCCUGGGGAUGUGGUCCCCAUCAGGAAAUGGAGGGGGUCUCAGUCUUGCCUCUCCUCUCCUCUCCUCGGCCCAGGCUGUCAGCUCUGCUCUCUGGGCCUUCUCUCCUGGAAGGCGUAGGAAGGCCACUGAGGGAGAAGUAGACAAGGCCUCCGGCUGGACAGCUGGUCACUGUGCUUGUGUUCCUUCGGAAGGAGAAGGACCUGGGGGCGGGACUUGCAGGAGGCGUAGAGGUCAUUGUGAAUGUUUUGUGUGUGCAAACCUCCCUUUGCUGUGACAGCCCAGAUGUCUCUCUCUCUCUCUCUCUCUCUCUCUCUCUCUCUCUUGUCGUACCCUGGUUUCAACCAGGAGCAACUGCUCCCAGCAUCUCGGCCCCAGCUCAGCCCAGUGCAGGGGAGGGAGUAUCCUUGUUUGGAGACCCGGAAGAGAAGCCCACGUAUGUGAGACUUUCCCCCUUCCCAGUGCUCCCCAGGCCUCCUGCCAGGGCUUCCUCACCUGGGCAGGGCUGGCUAGCCAAGCAGCCGCCCUGCACAUCCUAGUCCUCAGGCUUCUUGGGUGGCAGCCGCAGAGAAGGACAGAUUACCCUUGGCUCAUGGGUGCCUCCACCUUCCCGAGAGCAAGCGCGUCCUGCUCUUGAACAAGGUCCUGAUGGAGAAUGACAGUAAGGGAUGGUCAGCAUUUGGGAGGCUGUGGCUUACCUGCCAGGUUCUUCUCUGGGCUAACUUGGAAGCCACAUUGCAGAAGCCUUAUGCCCAUCUUAGAAGCCUGAUGCCCAUCUCUUGGUCACUUUAAAAAAAAAAAUCCCUGCUGGAUCUUUAGGAAUAAGAAAUGUGAGUUCGGUAAGCCCCCUGUCUCCACUGCCGCCACCUUGAAUCCCAGGAGGCAUGUGGUAUAGACCAGCUGCACGCUCCCUCUGCAUCGUCUUCACUUCCCGUGCAAGGUGAAUGCAAAGCUCCACACUUUUCCCAGGGGGAGGAGACCAGGGCGUGGCAGGGGCUGCCCUCAGAGCUAUGACCAAGUGCAGUGGGGCACACGUGUGCCUGGGGGACAAGGUGUCCUCCCUGUGCCUUCUGGAGCUCCUGUUUGAUUCCUACUGUUGCUCCUCUUCCCUCACCACGCCGGCGCUCUGGCAAGUGAGCUUCAGCCUUCUGCAGGAAAGGGGCGUUGGCGCAGCUGCACCCCUGGGUCCUGUCCCCACCCCCGCUCCCCAGCUCUCACGGGUUGGGGCCCAGCUGAGCCCUCCCCAGAUGCCCCGUGUAGAUAGCGGUUCCCAACAGAGACAUUUAAACUCUAUAUUUAUAGUCGUGCACCAUGUACAGCAUUUUUCAUAAGUUAUAUAGUAAAUAGUGCCUAUGCUUUGUUUUAUAGUGCUCUCCGUUGGAAGUGAGGCAGGGUUCUUCUGGGAAAUGUAAACAAACAACCACCUUUGUAUAUUUUGUUAUGCCCACCUGCUGGGCACACGCUUGGGGCCCCGCCCAUGCCGCACACCCUGUAAAUAUGUAAGUUAAACCCAGACCUUGGCAUCUUUGCACUCAAAUGAUUUUGAAACAUUGGAUCCUUGUACCUGUGUUGAUUGUAUUUUUUUUUUUUUUUUUUUUACUGGUUGUGGGA